AUGAGUUCUUUUAGCAUCCCAUGUUCUAUUGGAAAUUGUAUUGUGGAGAAAGCUCUAUGUGAUCUUGGAGCCAACUUUAAUCUCAUGCCUCUUGCUAUCAUGAAGAGACUUAGAAUAAAGGAAGUCAAGCCUACUAGCAUAACUUUACAGCUUGCGGACAGAUCUUACACAUAUCCUUAUGAUUUUGUAAUCUUAGACAUGGAAGUGGAUGCUGACAUCCCUUUAAUUUUGGACAGACCAUUCUUAGCCACCGGGAGACCUUUAAUUGAUGUUCAAAAGGGAGAGGUUAUGUUGAGAGUGCAGGAUGAGAAGGUUAUUUUUAAUGUAUUUGAGGCACUCAAACAUCCCAAUGAUGAUGUUACUUAUAUGAGGGUUGAUAUUCUAGACUCUACUACUUUCCUUCAGUUUAUUGAUAAUGCUGAUGGGAUUUCAUUGUUAAGGGAAACAAUAGUUACAGAGAAUUAUUUCACUGCUGUAAAAAAAGAAUAA